AUGGCCGCGACGGGAAUCGAACCGGAAGCUGAGGACGUCGCAGCCGCGAUGGAGAGUUUCUUUGAGGAACAGAAGCAGAAAUGCUAUCUACUGCUGUCAGAGUACAACGGAACGUCGGUAAAUAGUACCGCGCAAUUUUACCACUGUCCACCGUUGUUCGACGGUUUCCUCUGUUGGCCAUUCACGAAGGCGUCGACGAUCGCGAUUCUUCCUUGCCCGCCUGGAACGGACUUCGGCUACGACAUGGAAUCGAAAAUCACCGUGGAGUCAACCAAUCGAACGAUAGCCACCAAAAUCUGUCUCUCGAAUGGCCAGUGGUACAGGAAUUCAGAAGGAAUUCCAUGGAGCAAUUACAGCCUCUGCGAAUCCUCCGAAGACUUUAUCGCUCGCUCCAUAAUGAGAAUCACCGAUCUGAGGAUCGGGAUGACCCAGUCGCACAACUACGGCAGCUUUGAAUCCUUCUUACUGAAUAAAUGGCUGCCCAUUGUGAGAAUUGUCUCGCAGAUCGGAUACGCUACCUCGUUCUCUAUGCUAGUCGUUGCAAUGAUCAUUUUCUCUCUUCUGAGGAAGCUUCGAAAUCCCAGAAACCGCUUGCACAUGCAUCUCUUCGCCUCGUUCAUAAUGAGGGCAUUCAUGGCUCUCAUCAGGGACUGGAUCUUCGUCGAUGGAGUCGGCCUGGCCGUGGACGUUGUCUACGUCGAUGGGAAGAACGCGUUUAUCAAACAACGAAAUUUUCAGGCGUUGGUGUGCAAGACUAUCACGAGCACAUGGCAGUAUUUCAUCGUUGCCAAUUACUCGUGGAUAUUGAUGGAAGGCCUGUAUCUUCACAAUUUGGUCGUCUGUGCGUUUUGCGCCGACAGUGCAGCGAUUAAUUUAUACAUCUUGAUGGGCUGGGGGUUGCCUAUCUUCGUGGUGGUACCUUGGAUAAUAAUCCGGGCCACGAUCGAGGACACCCUUUGCUGGACCACACACGAAAAUCCGUCUCUGUUCCUUCUCAUCAGAAUACCCAUCAUGAUAUCGACCCUGUUCAACUUCCUGCUGUUCGUCAACAUAGUGCGCGUUCUGUUCAUCAAGUUCAAAACCUCGGUGCACCUGCAGCGCAAGAAGAUGCAGUACAGCAGGUGGGCCAAGUCCACUCUAGUCCUCGUGCCCCUAUUCGGAGCUCACUAUACUCUGUUCAUGGGCCUGUCUUACCAUAAAGACCAUCUUGUGGAACUUGUCUGGCUCUUCUGUGAUCAGUUCUUCGCCUCUUUUCAGGGUACCUUUGUGGCUUUGCUCUACUGUCUUCUCAACCUAGAAGUUCGAACGGAAAUAAAAAGAGCCUGGAGAGCCAGAUGGUCGAAGAACGCCGACAUUUGCUUCUCCUCGUACCGUGAAUCUAGAAAGAGAAAAAUGAAACGUCAAUCCAAACGAUCCAACGAUUACGAACAGCCUUCCAUCAGUGGCACCACUAUGAGAAAUCUGUUUGUAGUGCAGGUAGACAAGAGAUCGAACGAAUUCUGGCCGAACAUGUUGGAAAUGGAGGCAGGAUAG